ACUGCUGGGGCAGGUGACAACCACUCAUCGUUGGCUGGCAGACGUACGGUACAGUACAAGAGCAGCGUCUCUUCUACCGCAGCGCAACGUAACAGCCGAGAAAAGUCCGCGACUUCAAGGAUUUAUUUCAGACUGAAAGACUAUCUUCGGUGGGACUUUUUAAUCUUAAAAAUCAGCGACAGAGGACAAUGUUUCUCCUGCAGUACACCGCGAUGGAACAAAGUCUUCCCCACUCUCCAGAAUGUGAUGGGCGACAUCCUGGCAUCCAUCACUGGCUCAGCGCUCUGCCCUUUGACCCCACGGCCAGCAACGACCCUAUCCACUUCAGUAGCUCUAAUGGGCCAUUGGUAACGGAGUGUCCUUCCCUGGAAAACACUACUGAAAAUGGCAAGAAGAGGAAAAGAACCAGUCUGCCUCCAGUUGCAAACCAUAACAUGACCGUGGCUUCUAACUCCAUGACAAUGCCUAUGUCAGACCCCAGCGCCUGGGCAACAGCCAUGAGCAACCUGGGAAUGCCUCCGAUAAGCAUGACUGGACAGCAGCCCAUGCCAGAUUUUGACCCCAGUCUCGGGCUGAUGAGUGGCAUUACCCCCCUAAAUCCCAUGAUGCCCAGCCUGGGCAUGGCGCCCCUGCCCCUCUCCCAGGAUGCAACAGUUGUCAGGGAGAUCAUUCACUGCAAGAGCUGCACGCUGUUUCCUCCCAACCCCAACCUUCCGCCUCCGGCAACAAGGGAACGCCCUCCUGGGUGUAAGACGGUAUUUGUCGGUGGUUUGCCUGAGAACGCAACUGAGCAGCUCAUCGUGGAGGUCUUUGGACAGUGUGGGGAUAUUGCUGCUAUCAGAAGGAGCAAGAAAAACUUCUGCCAUAUCCGAUUUGCUGAAGAGUUUACUGUGGACAAGGCUCUCCUCCUCUCUGGUUACCGUAUUCGUUUGGGCUCCAGCACAGACAAAAAAGACUCCGGCCGUCUCCACGUGGACUUUGCCCAGGCCAGAGACGACCUCUAUGAGUGGGAGUGUCGCCAGCGCAUGUUGGCCAGAGAGGAGAGGCACCGGCGCAAGGUAGAGGAGGAUCGCCUCCGGCCGCCCUCCCCUCCUCCCAUCGUCCACUACUCAGAGCACGAGUGCAGCCAGCUGGGAGACAAGAUCAAAGAUGACAAUAAGUUUCCUGAAGCAGUGCGUGUGCUCUCGACAUGGCUGGAACGAGGUGAAGUCAACCGCAGGAACGCCAACAACUUCUACUCCAUGAUCCAGUCAUCCAACAGCCACAUCCGCCGGCUGAUGAGCGAGAAGCGUCAGCAUGAGAAGGAGGUGGAGGAGGCCAAAGACAAGUUCAAGACCGCAAUGGCCACCAUAUUGACUCAAUUUGAAAAGAUUGUGUCUGUAUUCCACGCUGCUUCCAAACAAAAGGCAUGGGACCAUUUCUCCAAAGCUCAGCGGAAGAACCUGGACAUGUGGCGCACGCAGGUUGAGAAGAUUAGAAACAUGCACAACGAGCAGCUGAUAGGCAUCAGGGGAGAAGAGGAGAUGGAGAUGUCUGACGAUGACAUGGAGGAUUCCACCGGUACCAACAGCAAAGACUUUGAGGACUCAGGUGUUUCCCAAGCAGAAGCCUUGAAGGAGGAGAACGACUCUCUGCGCUGCCAGCUGGACGCCUACAGGAACGAGGUGGAGCUGCUAAAACAGGAACAAGGCAAGAACCAACCAAUCAGCAGUGAGGAGGACAACACACACUCUCAGCAGCUCAGCUUCCUGCAGCAGGCUCUGCAAGGCAUGCAGAAGCAACUGCUGAGAAUGAAGGAUGAGUUGAAGGAGCGAGAGGCAGAGCUUGAGAAGAGUAUAGAGGAAAAACACCAGCUGAAGAACCAAAUCCAUGACCUCAAGUCAGGACUGCACAACCUGAAGACCACACACACACUACAGCUGGAGACGUUAAAGGAAGAUGACAGAGGGAGCGAACAGAGUGCUAAUCAAGUCAGUGAUGUAACCGCAUCAUCAGUGGUGUCCUGCAGUCAGGACAAGGAAGGUCUUCCAGAGAAGAAUCGUCCCAGUCCUGUACAAUCCGAGAGGGAUGCACUGCUAAUCGGGAUCAUUUCAACCUUCCUGCACGUCCACCCGUUUGGAGCCAGCAUCGAGUAUAUCUGUUCCUACCUGCAGCGUUUGGACACUAAGAUCAACACCAGUGAGGUGGAGGCUCUUCUUUCUCGGCUGCCCUGCACCUUCAGACAGGAGCUGACUGGUGUCGGAGCCAGUUUGGAGAAACGCUGGAACUUCUGUGGCUUUCAGGGCAUCAAGAGCACGUAAGAUUCUGCUGGUGACACUUCUGGGACAUGGAAGAGAUGACAUAUAGACAAGGCAACACAGGUACAUGGAGGACACUCUAGAAAUGUGGAGGAAGCCCACAACUAAUGGAGACGCUGGACCCUGCCUGCACAGACAAGAGCACAAAUUAUACAGCACAGAUCUCAGAUCAGGAAGGGGUGUUCUGUGUAGGUGGCAGAAAGAUAAAUAAACAGUUUUUUGUGAUGGUGUUAUUAAUUGGCAGCAUCUCUAUGGCGACCAAGAGGUGGACGUAUCUCUAUGGUGACAGUUGCGUCAUGUCUCAGUCUCUCCUUUUUUUUUUUAUCGUGGGAUUCAACUAAAAGUCCCUCCAGAGAGCCAAUCUCAACAGAGUCGUGGGAAUGGUGGUAUUUUUUAUACUUGAGCCCACAGUUGACUCAUCGUACUGGCAGACCUGGACUAAAGGGCUACACAGGAAGGUCAUUAGGGUCUACUGUCAACCUCAAAACUCUCUGACUUCCUCUUUUGCCUCUUCUUGAUUUUGUACAAUCAUGUGAAAUAAAUUCUUAUAUUUCCCUCUA